AUUUUUUACUUGUUAUGUGAUGCCAAUAGAAAAAUUAUGGCUUGCUUCAGUAGGAUUGUUCGCGAAUGUAGGUAGACGUUUUUUGGGUGAGUCCUUCGUCGUUGACGCUUGCCUCAAUAAUACCUAACCGAUUAAUUAGCAGACAUUAAAUCACAUCUCGGAUACCUUAAAUUAGAGGGAAAUUUAAUGUCUCUUUUUAUAGACCACAGGAAUUGAAGUAAACCUAACUCGUGUGGAGUUUUUCUCCCCACGUAGGUAUACUUUUCAGCAUGGACCUACAUAAUUAUCAAAUAACUUGGAAAUAUUUAUUGAAUUUAAACAACAUACACUAGGCUAGGAUACCUUUAUUACUGUUAGGUAGUUCCACCAGCCCCAUGCCCAUGCUAUCAAGCGACUUCACCAUUAGCUUUAAAUUCUUUAAAAAUAAAUCAUCAUUCGUUUCGUUUAUGAUGGGAAGCGCUUUAUGAUAAUACAGACAGGAUUUCACAAAAUUAUCUGUCAGUGCCAUAGUAGGUAUUUAGCAAUACAAAAAACGAUAAACCUUAUAUAUCGUGGGAUGUGGGAUUCCGGCGGCGAGUGGCAUAGGGGUUAGUGAUGAAUCGGUCCUGGUUGUGUGUGGCGCUUGCGUUGGUCACCGUGUGUGCGCCGGCGCAGGCUGUGGUCGGUGGCGCCCCGGCUUCGCCUCCCGAACCUGACGCCGCGGUUGUCUUUACCCAAAGAUUUGGGUUCAGUUCUCGGAUCGAAGGUCAUAAAGAUGAUAAACUUGGGUAUUACAGCUUCUUUGGCAUACGAUAUGCAGAACCACCGCUGGGACCUCAAAGGUUCCAACGGCCAGUCCGUCGGUACCUGGCUGGAGAGAUGAUGGCCACAAACCAAUGCCCCCCAUGCCCUCAACCUGAUCCCUACCAGCCGAGGAGAAUCAUCGGCCAUGAAGACUGCCUCUGUCUUAACGUGUAUGCACCUAAAAUGCCCGCCACGGAACAGGGUAGUCCCGUAGUUUUCUUUAUUCAUGGUGGAAACUACAGAACAGGAUCCACUGGACCUUACGGAGGACAACAUUUAGCUCAAAAGGACACGAUUUUGGUGACUGCACAGUAUCGUUUAGGAUCACUCGGUUACCUCAGCACAGGUCAAAGGGACGCAGGAGGGAAUCUCGGACUUUUCGAUUUACAUACAGCUAUGGUUUGGAUUCAAGAUUACAUUCAGUUUUUUGGAGGCGAUCCCAAAAGAGUGGUUGUAAUGGGCCAAGGUUCAGGUGGCAGCGCAGCGUCACUCAUGGCUAUGUCUCCUGAAGGCCGCAGCGCGUCUGGCGUGGCCGCGCUGUCUGGCACCCCACUGUCACCGGGUGCCGUCAGGCCCGACCCUGCGAAACAUGCUGAAGCUCUUGCUGAGCGAACAGGGUGCCCUAAGGCCCCGGCUGAGAGCCUCCUCAUAUGCCUAAGAAAACUUCCUGUCGAAGAACUAGUACAAGCAGACGAAGAUCUCAAUAUGGAUAUGGUUGAUACUCAAAGAUUUUUGGAAGAGAUCUCCGGCCGCUCAGGGGCUGGUGCUAGAGUGGAAGGUAAGGAUGAUCUGCGUGGUCUUCCACCCCUCGUGGCCGAAGCUCCGGCGGAGUCACUGAAUAAGGAGCAGAAACGAGUACCGUUCCUCACUGGGGUCACCAAAGCUGAGACUUCCAGAGCAGUUUUUGGGAAAUUCAACAAGUUCCUGACGAACCAAUUACAGACAGUCACGGAUUUCUUGAAGAAAGACGUCAUCGGUGGUCUUCAGAACGUGGUGUCAGGCGUAGAGGGCCUGAUCCCGCUGGCCUCCACCGUCACAGCCGCUCUGCCUGUGGCUGACUACUACCAGGGGCUUUUCGACCAAGCCGGUAACAUCGUUGACGGGCUCGCUGAGAUCGCGGAGGCUACAGGCGAUGCUUUAUUCAACUUCCCAGCUUACCAAAGCGUUGAAAAGUGGAGUUCAGGAGGAGAAGCCUACCUCUACAGUUUUGAACACAUCGGUAACCUCUCUAAAGGGUGGAAUUUCUUACCUGGAGUCGCUCUGGCUGAAAGAGCUGAUGACGAAACUACGCCCAAGCCUAAAAAAGCUCAGGGUCCAGCUCAUGGUGAUGAACUGGCUUAUAUAUUCGAGCUUCUAGGACCUGACGGGCAACCAAUGAGUGGAGAUAUAUCUAGCACUGACGCCCGAGUACGGGACAACUUUGUAGGGCUAAUAUCCAAGUUUGCACACGGCUUAGAUGAGGGCGCCAGAAAAAAAAACACUACCAGUCUUUUUGGUGCACUGCCAUUCUCUAAGGACACGAACCAGUUUUUAAAGAUUAGUGAAAAGCUCACCGUUGACAAAGAUUUCAGAUUUUGUCAAAUCGGUCUGUGGGGGAAUAUGGGAGAUCGACUUACAGGCGCACUAUGCAAGAAUCUUCUCGGCAACCUGUUGAAUUUGUCAAAAUUGCCCGGACAACUGCCCAAUCAACUGACGCAGCAGAUCCCGAAUCAACUGACCCAACAAUUGCCAACUCAAGGCAGUGUGCCCUUAGUACCAGGCUUGUUUGGGAAGCCAGCGACCAAAGCUCCUGCAAGGAAACCACAAAGAACGACUCAGGGGGCCUUUAAACUUCCAUUUGACUUUUGAUUUUCUUUGUGACGUGACGAAAAAUGUACCUCAUUGCUUAGUUAAGUACAGGGUUCUCAAAUGCAGUGUAAAAUUAAAAUAAUAUUUCAAGAUUUGGAGUUCUCGAUAAGUAUUGCCUGGCAGAAAUAACUUGACAAAUAAACAUCAUUUUUGUAAAUAAGGUUUUAUAAAAAAAAAAUGUGUUUUCUUAAAACCUAUAUGACUCUGAUUGAACUCAGACGUUAAAACGGUAUUUAGACGAUAAAUAUUACUUUCCCAAUACC